UGCGUUCAAAAAAUCGAACGGGACUUUUAUUUUGGUAUGGUGGUGUGACGUCACAAGGCUGCGCCGCGCUUCUGCGUCUGUGAUUCGGAUCAACGAAGACUCCACACACAGAAGCAGCUGAGACACACUAUUAUAAAGAUGGCCUUUACUAAAGAGGAGAGUGAAGAUGUGAGGAUUGAAGAAGUGUUCAGUCUGAAGCAAGAAGAUACUGAGGAACAAACAGGCCUGAUGCCGCUGAAAGAGGGGAGUCAAGAACUGAAUGAAAAGGAAGAACAAAAUCUGUAUGAAAAUUUCGAUUUCACAACUGGAGAAAAAACUUUUGGUUGCUCACUGACUAACAAGACAUCCACACAAAAUAGAAGCCUCUCCUGCAUUCAGUGUGGAAAGUGUUUCUCUAGACAUGCAAACCUUGAAGUCCAUAUGAGAAUUCACAAAGGAGAGAAGCCUUUCACAUGCAAACAGUGUGGAAGGAGUUUCACUGAAAAAGGAAGCCUUAACAGGCACAUGAGAAUUCAUACCGGAGAGAAGCCGUUCACCUGCCAACAAUGUGGAAAAAGUUUCUCUGAUAGGGGACACCUCAACGGCCACAUGAGUGUUCACACUGCAGAGAGACCUUUCACCUGCUCUCAGUGUGGAAAAAGUUUCAAUCAAAGAAGAAUACUUAAAAAACACAUGACAAUUCACUGUGGAGAGAAGCCUUACAUGUGUCCACACUGUGGAAAGAGUUUUAAACAUAAAGUAACAUUUAACACCCAUUUGAGAGUCCACACUGGAGAAAACCCGUUCGUAUGUAGUCAGUGUGGAAAGAGCUUCAGAAGUAAAGUAACAUAUAACGCCCAUUUAAGAGACCACACUGGAGAAAACCCGUUCGUAUGUGGUCAGUGUGGAAAGAGCUACAGAUGUAAAGUAAAUCUUACAAUGCACAAAAGAGUUCACAUUGUUCACAAACCAGAUGGACCUGAAAUGUCAGUUGCAAUCCGACAGCACUAUUUUCUAUUAAAAAAGUGAUAUACUGUAGAAAACCAUGCAUUCUGGGCAUUAUCUUCCAUUUCUAUGAUGGCAAAUUUACUGUGAAUUAAAGGGAACCUAUUAUGCCCCUUUUUUACUAGAUGUAAUAUAACUCGGGCGUCCUCAAAAUGUGUCUGUGAUUCAGCCCAAAAUAGCCCAUCGAUCAUUUAUUAUGUCAUUCUGAGAAUUACCAUUUUUGAGUGGAAGCAAAAAUAAAACGUGCUAUUUUUGUGCAUGUCUUUAAAUGUAAAUGAGUUGUUGUUCCCCACACCCUUCAAAGAAUAAGGUUAUGCCUUUACGUCUUGAAUAGUCUGCCAAAAUAAAA